GAAAUGGUCCCAGUGGAGAAGGAUACACUGUGUAGAUGCCAUGAAACCAUCCAGGACUCCUCUGAGCAGUAUAAAACUGAAGGAACUGGCAGGUACAGAGGAGACCAUAAUCAAAUCUGCAUGAGCAAACAACUGGAGGGAUUGUGAAGACUGUGCAGCGAUGGGGGAGCCGAUGUAAAGAAAUGGGUGACAAGACAGAGGACACACAGCCAGACAUAUUUAUAGACGGUGAGAAAUUGAUACUGAGAGUGUGCAGCAGAAGGCAGAGAGACAGAGAGCAAAGGAGAGAGAGAGAGUGGGCAGGGCUCGAGGUAUGUGAGAACAACAGCACGCCGGACCAACGGGACAGACAGGGGGGAGUGAGACGAAAGGAAGGAGGGGAGGAAGAGGAGAGUGUGUGGAUAGGUGCUCGUAAGCGUGUGUCUGUGUGGGUGUGCGUGAGUGUGUGAAAUCAGACAGAGACAGUGUCCAAGUGCAAGACAGUGAGCCGGGUAAGGAGAGAGAGAGAGAGAGAUGCUCAGAGAGGAUGAGGAGUAACAGGGCGAGGCAGCAGCGAGAGGCGCUGAGUGUGUGUGUGUGUGUGUGUGUGUUUGAGGAAUAGUGUGUGAACUGAGGGAUGCAGUCAUGUCUCUGUGAGAGGGAGCAGCACAGCAACGGUAACCAUGCUGAGCCCCAAGAUAAAACAGGCACGCCGGGCACGGUCUAAGAGCAUGGUGCUUGGAGAGUUGUCUCGGGUCUCCAGGCCCUGCUCUCCUCUGGAUCAGGAGAAAGCACUGAAGGCAGGCUGGCUGAAGAGACAGCGGAGUAUCAUGAAAAACUGGCAGCUGCGUUGGUUUGUCCUGAGGACUGAAGCUCUGUAUUUCUACAAGGACCAGGAUGAAACCAAGGCCCAGGGUUGUAUUCCUCUUCAGGGCAGUCAGGUCAAUGAGCUGCCUGCCAAUCAGGACGAGUCCGGUCGCCACCUUUUUGAAAUUGUUCCAGGGGGGGCUGGAGAAAAGGACCGAACAGGUAUAAGCCACGAAUCAUUCCUGCUGAUGGCCAACUCUCAGAGUGACAUGGAGGAAUGGGUCAGAGCCAUACGUAGAGUCAUAUGGGCUCCACUCGGAGGAGGUGUCUUUGGGCAGCACCUAGAGGAGACAAUGUUGUACGAGGCCCAAUGUGGCCCUCAACGACUGGUCCCUGUGCUGGUUGAACAGUGUGUGUGCUUUAUACGUGAACACGGGCUCAAGGAGGAGGGCCUCUUCAGGGCCCCCGGACAGACCAAUCAUGUUAGAGAGCUGCAAGAUGCGUUUGACCGUGGCGAGAAGCCAGUGUUUGACAGUACCACAGAUGUCCACACGGUGGCAUCACUGCUAAAGCUGUACAUACGGGAGCUGCCAGAGCCUAUAAUUCCAUUCUCCAAAUACACACAGUUUCUCUCUUGUGCUCAGCUUCUUACCAAGGAUAAAGCUAUGGGUAUCUUAGAGCUGGGCAAACAGGUGAAAUCCCUUCCUCAGGUCAACUACAACCUCCUUAAAUACAUCUGCAAGUUUCUGGAUGAAGUUCAAUCUCACUCCAAUGAGAAUAAGAUGAGUGUUCAGAAUUUGGCCACCGUGUUUGGACCCAAUAUCCUUCGUCCCAGAGUGGAGGAUCCAGUUACCAUGAUGGAGGGAAGUUCACAGGUGCAGCACCUGAUGACUGUGCUGAUCAGUGAACACGUCAGACUUUACCAAUUGGAGGAGCCGGAAACCGAGAGCAAGAUCCCCCCACAGCAACAGCAGAGUAAUCUACAACGGUCCAAAGUGCAGUGGCUCUCACAAGAAGACACUGACCCCCCACCCUCCUCAGGCACAGGCUCCAAAACCCCUAAAGAAAAACUCCAAUCUUCUACCCCUUCUACGGACAGCAAGCCAACUGCACCAAGCCCCAUUACAACGUCGGAGAAGUGUGAGGAUGAUCAGAUUGAAGUGAAGGGCAAAAGUAAAGCAGAGGAGAAAGUGGAUGGAAGAUCAGAUAGCAAAACGGAAGGGAAAAGUGGAAGUGAAGUAGCUGUUAGCCCCAGUAAACAGUCUAAAGCCCUGCCCUCCUGGAGGUGCUCCUUCAAGGGUAAUGCAGCAUCUGGGGGGCCAAGGGGGAAAAUAGGGGGGUCAGCAGGAGAUGUGUCAGCAGCUGGUGGGAGCAACUGGCUGAUGAAUGGCCUGUCGUCCCUCCGAGCUCACAGGCGCACCACUUCAUCAGGUGAAAGACUUAAAGACUCGACACUGUCUCUGAAGGAUUCCACCCUCUCCCUUAAAGAGACCACUCUUUCACUUAAGGACUCGCAGAGAGACUCUGAUGAAGACUCCCCUCAAACAUCCCUGUCUCACAGGGCCCUCCACCAAUCCCACAGACUGUCCGCCUAUGACAAUGUUGCCCCAUCCAGUCUAAGUCUGCCUGCGGACACCUCCUCUAUCUGGACGUCCUUUGAGAUCUCGUUGGCCGAGCCAGAAAGAAGUGAUAAGGCAGUGAAAUUAGGGCAGGGUCAAGAGAGACCCACAGAGGUGAGGGACAGUACAAAUACUCCAGACCACAGCGCAAGCGGCACUGAGGACGAUCUUGCAGGAACAAAUGAAGGUCUCACCAACAUGCUGACCGAGCUCAAGCAGGAGCUGAAGAAACAGAGGACGAGCUAUGAAACCUGCAUUCGCAAGUUGGAGGAGUCCUGCUCCAAGUACCAAUCCCAGGUAAACCGCCUCGAGGAGGAGCUGGACCAGGAAAAGAAGAAGUUUCACAUGCUAGAGAUCCGACUCAGGAACUCGGAGCGGGCACAUCAGGACGCAGAGAACCGAAACAUUCUCCUCCAGCAAGAGAUGGAGGAGUUCUUCAAAACUCUUGGGGAUCUGACCACAGGGGCAACACGGACCAACUAGAUCAAACCAACCUGCCUUCAUCUGGUCCAUCAGAGGAGGAGCUUAAUUACUGGGAAGACCAGCCAGCCCCAAAGCUUUGAAGACCAAAUACCUCUAGUGCAGUACUACUUGCCAUCGUGUCCUCUUUAGUACAGCCGUCCUGUGCCUACACUGACCAGUGCCGGUGCCAAAUGAGAACUCCUCUGGACCAAGCACCUCUUAUUUUACCAUUCCACAAAAUUCCUUAUAACUUAUGGUCCUUAUGACCUAUUAUACACCAUAGGCAAUGUAGAUGAUUAUUUAUUGACUAAAAUGCAGAAAAAGCCUUAUUUAUGAGGUACAGUCUUCCCAUAC